AUUAGAGAAGGGUGCAUAAGUGAUGGGGGAAGGGGGUGGAUCGGCCUGCGACCUGGGGUCGGAAAAUUUUGGGGCAAAGGAUUGGUGAUAAGAGAAGGAAGAUGAAGGGGAUUUAUGGCUAGAGAAAGGUACAGAAGUGAUGGGGGAAAUGGAUGGAGGCGUGGAGGUGAUCGAGGGGUGGCUCAGCGAUAACAGUCCAAUGGCGCUGUUGCGAUUCCAUCAUCCAUGUACGCUUCCCGCCCCACUACCACCAUCCCCGCUGCAAUCUUCUUCUUCUUCUGCUACUUGUCUUGUUAGCAGCUAUUCACCCUCCAAGUCCCCAGUAUGUACAGGUUCUGCCCUCCGCCCCCUCUGUUGGCCAUCACGCCACCGGCAGCUGCGGUCUCUGACGGCGGUGAAGGUGAAGGUGAAAGGUAGCCUCUCCUCCGCCGCGGAAGCUUCAGUUUCCAGCAGUAGAGGAGGGGAAGGAGAGAAGGAGCUGCUACUCCAAGUUGAGGAUCUAACGGCCGUGAUUGCCGAAUCCAAACAGCAGAUUCUCAAGGGCGUCAACCUCUCUGUCUACCAAGGGGAGGUUCAUGCUAUUAUGGGAAAGAACGGUUCAGGGAAGAGCACUUUCGCCAAGGUUCUGGCUGGGCAUCCGGAAUACCAAGUUACCGGAGGUAGUGUUGUGUUUAAAGGGGAAAACUUGCUUGAAAUGCCAGCGGAAGGCCGGUCACUUGCGGGGCUUUUUAUGAGUUUCCAGUCCCCAGUUGAGAUCCCUGGUGUCACCAACAUUGAUUUUCUCAGCAUGGCGUACAAUGCUCGCAGAAAGAAACUAGGACUGCCCGAGCUUGGACCGAUUGAGUUCUAUGCUUAUAUUUUUCCCAAACUUAAUCUUGUCAACAUGAAGACGGACUUCCUUAAUCGAAAUGUUAAUGAAGGCUUCAGUGGAGGUGAAAAGAAGCGCAAUGAGAUUUUGCAACUGGCGGUUUUGGGAGCAGAGUUGUCUAUUUUGGAUGAAAUUGAUUCUGGGCUGGAUGUUGAUGCACUUCAAGAUGUAGCAAAGGCAGUCAAUGGGCUUCUGACCCCGACAAAUUCUGUAUUGAUGAUUACUCAUUACCUACGACUUCUGGAAUUUAUAAAGCCAACAUGUAUCCAUAUUAUGGAGGAUGGGAAAAUUAUAAAGACAGGUGACAUCUCCUUAGCAGAAGUACUAGAGAAGGAAGGGUACAAAGCAAUUUCUUGAGCAUAACAACUUGAAAGUUGGCAUUCAGCUUCAGGAGAAGUUAUACAGAUUUGGACGUUGGUGAGCUAUCUUUCUGUUGCUGUCAGAGAAUUUCUAGCUAUUUUCAUUUUCUAUGCUAGUAGAUGGAGCUUGAAAUCUUCAAGCUUUUUAUGUAACUCUUGUGUUAGAAAGUUAUGCGACAAGAAAUCUCUUUGCUUCUAUUAAUUUGGAAGGCUAAGGUGCCCUAAGGCACUAGUUUUUGCUUGGUUAGUUGCUUAUGCAGGGUUAAUACUUUUGUUAAGAUUUGAAACAAAAAAGAGACAAAAAUGUUUGUUUAUUUCCAUAUUGAUUACGUAUAGUGUGGAAAAGUGAGAAGGAAAGUGUUUGUAUUCUAUUUCAACGAUGAGAUGAAUUGAUUAGUGGUAUCGCCCAUUCUUCAAUAUUAAAGUCUGUUUGAGCAUCUGAAUUUCCUGUUGUUUCAUUUCAUGGAUACUUUUGUCUAGAUUUCUGACUGUUAGCCCUAUUACUGUUCCUUCAUAUCUCAUGGA